AGAAAAAUUGGCUUAUAGGAGAACAAUUUCGUUUUAAUGUGUACACACAUUAGUAGCCUAUAAGGCAAGUAAGCAUUUAUUAUUUAGCCUAUAAAUUAAUUAAAAUGCCUUAAUAGUGAAUCAAUCCACCAUAGUUAGGUAAACUAUCCUAUAGCAAACUUCACCUUGAUAAAUCUUUGCGUUUUUUUCUGUAGUAAAACUACAGAAUGGAGGAGAACAUUUUUAUAUUUUAAUUUAUUAUAAUUUAAUUUCACUUUAUAUUCACACGAUAUUUUUAAAACAUUUGUUACGUAGUCCUGAACUAAGCAGUUCAGAGGUUACCAGUUUUUUAUCGUGAUAUCAUGUUGAAAAAUGCAAUAACAACAAAUAAUCGCGAAAUCGCAUCAACAAAACAUAAUCACACCGAUUUACAACCAUAACAUACGACAUAAACUACAUCAUGGUGAAUAACAAAGAAAAUCGUUACAAGAAAACACUUUCUCUAUCCCGACAUUUUACUUACAACUCUUUUUUCCGACGGGCCUGGAAGGCGGCAUUAGACUCCCCCCCCUUUGGUCCGAGCGGGAAGUUCGGAAGUUCUUCCUGUUGAUCUAAAAUGAUGCAAAUACUCUGUUUUCCGACUUGCUCUUUAAGCAAAUAAAUCACUUUUGGAGAAGUUUAUCAGGAGAGCUCUGCAGUCAUGUCCAGUAACACAGAAGAGAGGAGCAGCUCUGCUCCGAAGUGCUUCGGACAGGGUUCCUACACAGCUGAGGAGUACCAGGCGGUGCACAAUGCUCUGCAACAGAAGCUGGGGCCCGAGUACAUCAGUACCAGAAUGGCAGGAGGAGGACAGAAGGUCUGCUAUGUUGAGGGACAUCGUGUGAUCAGCCUGGCCAAUGAGAUGUUUGGAUACAACGGAUGGUCUCACUCCAUCUCUCAGCAGAAUGUCGACUUUGUUGACCUCAUCAACGGAAAGUUCUACGUUGGAGUCAGUGCGUUUAUCAAAGUGCAGCUGAAGGACGGGGCGUUUCAUGAGGACGUGGGGUACGGAGUCAGUGAAGGACUGAAGUCUAAAGCUCUGUCGCUAGAAAAAGCUAGAAAAGAAGCAGUGACCGAUGGAAUGAAGAGAGCACUAAAAUGCUUCGGAAAUGCCUUAGGAAACUGCAUUCUGAAUAAGGAGUACCUUGUAGCCAUUAACAAAAUCCCCAAACAGCCUCCUCCUCCUCUGGACCCGGCCCAGACUAAGCGCUGUGAGGGGGAGCCUUUAGUGGAGAAGGCCCGCCUCUCCAGUCUGGUCUGUGAAGAAAAGCUUUUAUCUGCGGCGGGUCCGGGCAGAAUGCCGCUGGAGCCCAGAUGCCUGAACCAGAACUAUUCAAAAGUGCGCACCCCGAACGCCGCGGGCCCCGCUGUAGACCAGGAGAGCGAGAACGCCAUCACCAGACCCGUCACAGAGUCUGAGGAAGUAGUCGAGUCUGCAGGUCACUCAGACCCAAAACAGCUGAGAAAGCUUCGACAGCAGCAGCUUCAGCAGAAGUUCAGGAGAGAAAUGGAGGCCAAGGGGAUGCAGCAGAAUCCGGAUAAAACCAAGUCUGAGGACAUAGAGGUUGCUAUUGGAACAGGAUCCAGUGGAGGGCAUGAAGGAGCGCCUGCCUUCAGUGACAUCAGCUCUGUGGGACACAGGCAGCCCAGCAGCAGGGACCAGUAUUUAGCAGAUGACCCUGAGCUCUGGGAUUUCACUCUGGAUGGGAUUGAGGAGCUGGGCGUCCCAGCAGGCGGCCCCCCCUCCAAAGCGCUCAGGCCCAGCACGCCUGGGAAUCACCAGAUGCAAACACGCAGUAAGACCCCUCAGAGGGCGCCGGGCAGGCCUCCAGAUGGAGCUCCAUCGUACAACACGGCUCAGAACACAACUCAUUAUCAGAACCAGUAUCAGUCCAGACCAGGUGAAGUGUCGAGUCCUUACAGAGAAGGACAACACGUGAAGAAACGCAGACUUGAAACCUGAGGUUUAAUGACGCUGUUCUACAAUUUAACACAAUGUAUUUUUAUUUUAUUUUUUAUUUGUAAA